UGCUCCGAAUCUGGCCGGCUGUUCCCUGUACAUCACAGUCGCCGGAAACCGACGGUUGUGAUUCUCCUUCCGCCCACCUUGGCAGCCACGACAGCAAUCCAUUUUGUCAAGGGGUUUUAUAGUUGCUUUUGACGCAAUCUUUGACGCUUUUGCCCCUUUGUGUAAGAAAGGUACUUGUCUCUUUCUUCUUGCUGUGUGGUGAAUUGUAAUUUCUGGUCUGGGCUGAUUACUUUGGAGAUUGAAUUUUAUCAUGGAAGAGAAUAAGCAUUCUGUUGCUGAUAUAGUGCCCAUUGUGUCAAAAAUAACUGAACACAAAUUAAAUGGGUCUAAUUAUAUUGAAUGGAGCAAGACUAUCAAAAUUUAUCUGAGAAGUGUUGCUAAAGAUGAUCACUUGACUGAGGAACCUCCUACUGAUAUCACUAGAAAACUUUGGUUGCAAGAUGAUGCACGGUUAUUUCUGCAGAUGAAAAACUCUAUUAAUAGUGAUAUUGUUGGUCUGCUGAGCCAUUGCGAAUUUGUUAAGGAGCUAAUGGAUUAUCUUGAUUUUCUGUAUUCUGGAAAAGGAAAUGUCUCUCGGAUGUAUGAUGUAUGGAAUGCCUUCCAUUGUCCUGAAAAGGGAGCUAAAUCCCUCACUGCAUAUUUUAUGGACUUCAAGAAGGUAUAUGAGGAAUUGAAUGCACUUAUGCCUUUUAGUCCGGAUGUUAGAGUCCAACAAGCUCAACGGGAACAGAUGGCUGUUAUGAGCUUCUUAUCCGGUCUCCCAUCUGAGUUUGAGACUGCCAAAUCUCAGAUUCUUUCUGGUUCUGACAUUGGUUCCCUUCAGGAAGUUUUCAGUAGAGUUCUACGAACUGAGAAUGUCUCAUCUUCUCAGCACACCAAUGUUCUUGUUGCCAAAGGAGGAAAUGCAGAAAAUACAAGAAGGGUGAAUAAUAAGGGCGGAAACAGGGCAUUCGAAAAUCGUGGCAAUGAUUCAAGUACUAUUGUGUGUUUUUACUGCCAUGAGGCUGGCCAUACCAAGAGAAACUGCAGGAAAUUGCAAAAUCGAAAUCGGAGAAUUCAAACUGCCAAUGUUGCUACAUCUGAUACUGCUACGUUUUCAGACUCCUCAGACAAGAUCAUCACUAUGACAGCAGAAGAGUUUGCCAAAUAUUCACAGUAUCAAGACACACUGAAAGCAUCUACUCCUGUUAGUGCUCUGGCAGAGUCAGGAUCUUAUGACGAACCGGACAUUUGGUAAAGGACAUGUAUCUGAUGGGCUCUAUAUUCUUGACGAGUGGGUACCUCGACCAGUUGCGUGUGUUAGUACUGCCUCUCCUGUUGAAGCUCAUUGUCGGUUAGGACAUCCUUCUCUAUCGGUGUUGAAGAAAUUAUGUCCUCAGUUUGAUACUUUACCUUCAUUAGAUUGUGAGGCGUGUCAUUUUGCGAAGCAUCAUCGUAGUUCUUUAGGCCCAAGGAUUAAUAAACGGGCUGAGUCUUUGUUUGAGUUAGUACAUUCUGAUGUUUGGGGUCCGUGCCCUGUUACUUCUCAAACUGGGUUUCGAUAUUUUGUUACCUUUGUGGAUGAUUUUUCUCGAAUGACUUGGAUUUAUUUUAUGAAGAAUCGUUCAGAAGUGUUUUCCCA